AAAUAAAAUAAUCACAUAUUUUAGUCAUUUGUACUGUAAUCAUGUUGCGAGUGUUGGUAGUGUCCUGUUUGUUGGUGUUAGCUGCGGCGCAGGAGUCUACAAAUGUCGCCCAGUGUGUCAGAAAUGCUGGUGACCUUCCUCUACACACCUGGAUCGAAGGUUGUGUGACACCACCCUGCGUGCUGCCGCAACUUCAGGAUGUCGUCCUCCACAUAGUCUUCAGAGCUCCAAGAUUGAUAACUGAAAUGCGGACCCUGGCGACUGCGUAUAUGGGAAUACUGCCGAUCCCUUACGACUUACGAGAAGACAGUGUCACCUGCAACUUCCUGACCAACACCUACUGCCCAGUCUUGGCGACUGAAGUCGUGCAGUACACGCUGAGGAUGUAUAUCGAAUCCAUAUUCCCUGUUGGUACGGCAGUAACCCUGGAGUUCCGAGUGGUAGAUCGUACCACAGGCGCUAAUGUACCAAUGCUCUGUAUCCGAGUACCAAUCAGCAUAGCUCCUCCCGUCAACAGUUUAUCAGCAGCAGUUAACGACACUCUCACAGGACAAUAAAUUAAGAAAGAAGAAAGAAAUAAAGAAACGUUUAUUAUAAAGAGACACCACAAGUGACAGUAACAAAUAUAAAACAAAUAACAAAAUUUACAAUCAAAACACAUAAUAAAAACAACUUACACGAGAAAUACAAAUAAUUGACUGUAUGAACUGGUCAACGAUGGUGGUGGUGUCCUUUAUAAAAGGACCUCACUCAGCAUAAGCCGCGGCGCGAACUUAAUAGUACGUACAGUCAUGAGCAAUAUCAUGUACCCACUUUAGAACCCUGUCGCACUAUCAUAUUAGACAUUUAAUGGGACUUACGGUUUAAUUUGUUUAAAAAGUCAAUGUGACAUGAUUUCAAAGUGUACAUAUUACUACUCGUGACCGUACAUAGUUAGUAACACCGUACAGAAAAAAAAUAGAACGUUCACUUGAUUGUAACCUCCCUACACCCAUCCUGCCUACCCAACCCAACCUCAAAUUCUCAAAUCUAAAAAUCAAUAUUGCAAUUUGACAUUUGCGUAUAUAAAAGUAAGCGCGCAACGCAAACAAAUGUCAAAUAGCAAUAUUGCUUUGUAGAUGAAUUGCUUUGAUGAUUUGGCCGUUUUAACCACCAAGUCUGAGAGUAUCUAGUGCAGUAGCAUGUAAUUACGUAUAUAUAGGUACCUAUACAGCAAAAUAAAACGAAAAUUCAUGUGAUUAACUUAAA